CUGGGGGGUGCGGAACCCAGGGCUGCCCUGCUCUCGGGGAAGCCGGCCCGCCUAACUCCGUGGCGGGCAGUGUGGCCUGUGGGAGGCUUUCCAGCUUGGGGAGCCGAGAACAGGGUGGACGCGGGACUCUGAACGUGACAGUAACUUCUGUCGCCCGCGGACCAGAGACCGUCUGGAGUCCGUGUUCUGUGGUUUUUCUCACUGAUCCAGCAUGAGCACUGUCCCCUGCAAGAAACGCGAGGACUACCUGGAGUGGCCCGAGUACUUCAUGGCCGUGGCCUUCUUAUCAGCACAGAGAAGCAAAGAUCCAAAUUCCCAGGUUGGAGCCUGCAUCGUGAACACGGAAAACAAGAUCGUGGGCAUCGGGUACAAUGGCAUGCCGAACGGGUGCAGCGACGACCUCUUGCCUUGGAGGAGGACGGCGGAGAGGAAGCUGGACACCAAAUACCCUUACGUGUGCCACGCCGAGCUGAAUGCCAUCAUGAACAAAAACUCGGCCGACGUGAAAGGCUGCAGCAUCUACGUGGCCCUGUUCCCGUGUAAUGAGUGCGCUAAGCUCAUCAUCCAGGCAGGUAUCAAAGAAGUUAUAUUCAUGUCUGAUAAAUACCACGAUAGCGAGGAGACCAUCGCUGCGAGGCUCAUGUUCGAUAUGGCUGGGGUCAAGUUCAGGAAAUUCACACCCAAGUGCAGCAAGAUUGUCAUUGACUUUGAUUCGAUUAACAGCAGGCCCAGUCAGAAGCUUCAGUGAGUGCCACCUCCUUGAGCCCCCGCCGGAAGAUUGGGAUUAUCCUCCUCCAAGGAGCUGCUAAUGCCUUUCGUCCCGAAGGUCCUCAUCACUUUCCAGUGGCCAGCACAGCCAAAGCAGACAGCGAGAGAAUAUCAAGCCUCACUUCUCUGACUCUCUGUCCUGUCCCACGCAAUCUGCAUCUGAUUAAGCUCUCGACUUAGGGUUUAAGGUCAAGGAGCCUGUCGAUGGCCUGCCUCGGAGGCCGGAGGGGCAAGCUUUUCCCUUGGCGGCGCGGCAGAAGUGCACCCCCACUCCGUCACCCACUGCCUGUCGCAGCUGCUCCACACGGCUCCAUGGCUGGGAGGACAAACAAAUAAUUGUUGCGUCCCCGGCGGGACGAGCAGGCACACUGAUUGGAACAUCUGGCCCAAAUGAAGCAUAACAUGUAGUGCCCUUGGGGG